UGCCUCUCCGAAACCGACCCGGUAGUUAUUCUUCAGUUAGCCAGAAGACUAAAAUGGCUAAGGACGACACGCUGCCUACACCGUGGAUGCAAACCCACUAACUUUUUUAUUUCCUAUCUAUUCUACUCUAACCUCCUAACUUUUUUUUCACAUUCAUUUCUUCUAAAUUAGGAUGAUCACAAUGGGCCAAUAGGUCUCCGAGUGGAGUGGUUGUUUUUACACAACCACACAUCCUUUAACCUAACCUAUCAAAUGAAAAUUUUGGAAUGUAUCUCCGAAAAUCUUAAAUUCCUAGCUAAGUAUGUGCCCUGUGAAUUUGGAAGAAAACCUCGAAGUUUAGCUUAAUUACCUCGGUGGAAAGCAAUCGCCAUUCCGCCAAUUUAUUUUAUACACGUCGAUAAAAGUACUUCAAGGAAUCUUAAAUGAAGAUUAAUAUUAUCAUUUACUUUUAUUUCAUUGCUCCACAAAUGCUGCUGAUUAUUUUUCAGUUGUGGAUAACAUGCUCAAAAAGAUUUUGUAAAAAAUUUCGAGCUGCUAUACCCCAAAAAAUACUUGUCGUACAAUGUACAUAAUAUGUUACAUAUUACUCAAUGUACUAAGGAAUUUGGAAAUCUUCAAUCAAUUACUGCCUACAAAUUUGAAACAAAAAAAAAAUCAAAAGUCCCACAAAUAUUUUGCGGCAAGUAGACAACAACUUCAACGAGUAUUGCCCCUACAAAAAACAAAAUCGGGAUGAAUAAAAUAUGCAAGUAUACUACAAAAGAAUUUACUUUGACGAAAAAAGUACCAGAUAAUAUGAGCAGUUUAAAAACGAAUUUCCCUUUUCAAAUUUCCAAUUACGGGAUGGAAAUUUAUUUGGCAGACGAUAUAUGGAGAAAAAGGUCUUUUUAUGAAGCUCCUGUAAACUCUGGCGAUUUUGGAAUUUACGUUGUAUCAAAUAACUCUCUAUCUCACAAAGAAAAGAUUAUUGUAGAUGAUAACGCUUAUAAAUAUGUAUGUUUCAUUUCCGAUCGAUGAUGGUUUCCUCCUUAUACCUAUUAUUCAGACAGCAGAUAAUUUUCUUUUUGGGAAAUGGCGCUUUUUAACAAAACAAAAUAUGAAGUUUCAAAUGACAAAACAAAUGAAAUCAUUCAUAAAUUGGAUCAAAUUUUGUGUAACCAGUUGGCGUUAAAUAAACGUUUAGAUGAAAUGGAAAAGAAAAUUGAAAUAAAUACAGGAGCCCAUACACAAGAAUUGGCAAUUUUAAAAGAAAUGGUGAAGAAAAAUAUUGUAAUAACACCAACGCCAAGCUUCCCACUCAAAUCAACGGAAGAUAUGACAGUAAUGGAGAACAAAAUUGGAGAAGAUUUUGAAAAAUAUGUUGAUAUCAUAAAAAUUAUUAUUUCGCCAGAUGGCCUUAUUAAAAACUUCUGCAAGAUUAUUGACAUUUCUAUAAUAUUAUCGCACAACUAUGAUGGUACCCAAAACAAAAAGGCAUUUAAGGAAUUUAAACUUUUAAACAUGGCCAUUUAUGCUGUCCGAUGUGAACGACUUACUGAACAGGAUUACGCCAAGAAAAUCAGAAAUUGUUUCAAAAUACAUAAGGCCAGACACUUCCGAACAAUGUCCUAUAAUAAAAAAAUCGGAAAAAUUUAAUUUGUUAUUUUAGUUGAAAUUUGUUUCUUUUGCAAAAAAUAAAUUAAAAUAAGAUUUAUGAAUUUC